AUGGGUUCAGACCAAACGGAUCAGCUUAUGAUCAUGGAGGAACCUUCUGUUGAAGUUAUAACUGUGGUGGGAAAUGGCUUUAUAGCCAAAGGGAUCACAUUCGAAAACUAUGCCGGUCCAAGCAAACACCAAGCAGUGGCUUUUCGGUCGGGCUCAGACUUCUCAGCAUUCUUCCAGUGCAGCUUCAUAGGCUACCAAGACACUCUCUACGUCCACUCCCUCCGACAAUUCUACCGCGAUUGUGACAUAUAUGGAACCGUCGACUUCAUUUUUGGAAACGCCGCUGUUGUUUUCCAGAACUGCAAUUUAUACGCUCGCAAGCCAGACGAUAACCAAAAAAACAUUAUCACCGCUCAAGGAAGAGAUGACCCAUUUCAAACCACAGGGAUUUCAAUCAUAAGUUGCAAAAUUGCCGCUGCAUUGGAUUUAAUUCCUGUGCAAUCAUCGUUUAAAACAUACCUUGGCCGACCCUGGAAGCAGUAUUCGAGGACUGUUUAUCUUCUGUCGAAUAUCGGCGAUUUGGUUGACCCUGCCGGAUGGUUGGAAUGGUCCGGUAAUUUUGCAUUGUCGACGCUUUAUUACGGGGAGUACAAGAAUAAGGGUCCGGGUUCAAACACAAGUGACAGAGUGACCUGGCCAGGUUAUAAGGUUAUAAGCAAUUCCACUGAGGCUAGUCAGUUUAGUGUUGGGAAUUUUAUUUUGGGGGAUGAUUGGUUACCAACUUAUAACAUUUCGUACUCUCGCAAUUUGACUAGUUGAGUUGAGAGGUGAAUUGAUUAUGCUCAUUGAUUUAUUGGUAUUGUUAAUUUGUUGUAUGAUUGAAUGAAAUUGUAUUAUUCAAAAA